AUGUAUAAUCCUCGUAAUAUUCAUCUCAGCGAACAGGGCAGUGGAGCUGGAAAUAACUGGAAACACGGGUAUGAGUAUGGCCAGGAAAAGGAAGAAGAAUUGCUUAAUUUGAUCGACAGAGAAGUGGACAAAUGUGACAAUCUUGCCAAUUUCCAGCUCUUCCAUAGUGUAGCGGGAGGAACUGGAUCAGGUGUAGGAUCUUUGCUUCUUGAAAAGUUGAGUGACAGAUACGGCAGCAAGAAGCUUAUCAACACUUUUCUGAUUUUUCCCUCCAACGAAAAGACGUCGGACGUUGUUGUUCAGCCAUAUAACACAGUUUUGACUUUACACAGACUAAUCGAGUACAGUGAUGCUACGUUUGUGUACCACAACGACGCCUUGAAUUCGAUCCAGAACUUGCUCUUCAAUACUCAUGGAAACCACGGCGAUGGCUAUGAUGGCGCAAAUAAGUUGAUUGCCUAUGUUCUGGCCAGCAUAUCAAAUCCUUUGCGGUUUCCUGGGUACAUGUAUAGUUCUAUUGAAUCCAUACUUUCUACGUUGGUACCUACGCCAGACUUGAAGUUCUUGACGACAUCGAUUUCUCCAUUCGCAUCCCAGACGAACAAGCAUGUGUAUUCAAACGAAUACGACACUAUCUUAGAGCUUCUCAACGACAGAUACAAGAUGAACAGAGUAGACCAGCCUGUGCAGUACACAUCAAUGCUUAACUAUUUGAUAGGCAACAACCUAGACCAUCUGGAAAUCAGAAAGGGUACAAUCAAAGCCCAGCUGAGAGUCGACUUUGUGCCCUGGGCUCCUACCUCUAUACAAUUGGUACAUGGCAAGAAAUCGCCAUUCCUACAGGCUAAAGAAAAUGGACAAAAGAAUAUCAGUGGAGUACAAGUCUCGAACAAUACGUCCAUAGUGCUGGUAUUCACCAAGAUAUUGAAGCAGUACGAUCUUUUGGCCAAGCGAGAAGCAUACGUCAACUCCUACACUGGGUCCAAGGAUCGACUGGAGAUUGCCAAAGUAAUGGAGAUGUUCAACGAAUGUCGAGAAAGUGUUGCUAGUGUUAUCGAAGAGUACCGAGCAUGUCAGAAUGUAAACUACUUAGAGGAUGAGAUUCUUGGAGACGAUCAGGUGAUGUAG